AUGGUUGGCAACCGUGGCAAAACGGCCAGGCAGGAGAGAACCAGCAGUCAGCUCGUAAAUGAGCCAUCAUUUACUCUUGACCUGGUUGCCAAGAUAGACAUUGCAUUAGUAUCUGAGCUGGCAAGAGCCAAAUGUCUAGUUGAUGAUAUCCACUUCAAGGUGAUGAACAAUGAAAAAGGUUUCAAAGGCUCAAAGAAGGCUAAUGGAAUAAACCUUGAUGAGAAAUUCACAAAUCUCUGUGGUUACAAAUAUGUUCGCAAAAUAUAUGAGAUCUGUGGUGGCUGGCCCUGGAAAGCUAUUCUACCUCAGAGGUUUGAUCCCUUCCAGGCCUCAGGGGAUAAUAGCAACUCCAAGGAGACAAUCAAGACGAAUGUCUGUAAGAGGGAUGUCAAUAGGGGCCAUCGACGUCGUGAGGGAUCCUAUGACCAUCAUGAUGUCUAUGAUGAAGCCAAUCCAUAUGAGCUGAUGCCAGAUGAUUCUUCUGAUCAUGUCCCUGACCCUAACAGCGACAGCAAGAUGCUGACUGCCUUUCCCAAAACUGACAUCCGAACCAAGUUGAUGGAAGGUCCACUUUCUAAAAAGUGUUGCAAAACAGGGUGCACAACAAGGGCAAUGCAUCAGUUAUGCUGAGCAUGAAAUGGUGUUGAAUGUACCUCUGCAGUUAUAAAUUAGUCCAUGCCAAUGAAUUCAAAAUCACUUAGACUUAAAUAUGAAAUGUUGUGCAUAACGACCUUAAGCAUUUUUGGA